ACUUUCUUUGUUCUCUGGCUAUCUGUGGCAGAGGAAAAGUAUCUCUUAUUUCGGUGUAUAUAGCUGAAAAUGGCAUAGUACAUGGCUUGACUGACUGUUUUAAUGGGUAGCCCUUCCCCUUGGCGAGUACUCUGGAGGAGUUGCAUAGUUUUUCGCCUGGGAGCUGGCCUGGAAGCCGACUGGAAGUGACCAGGUUUUCCAUUCAGCGCUGCACAGCCGCUUAAAAGCGUCGACAUUCAGCCAUAAGGGCUCAAACGCAGUCCAGUUGGAGGCCAGAACGGAUCGCCGCCGGUUCCCAGACGAAACUAAUCCCCGCAAGACCUAAAAAAAAAAAAGAUAUAUCUUAGCCAGAUAGGAAGAAAGUGAAAAUGUCGCUGAUACCGUUCAUAUUAGAUUUGGCCGAGGAGCUGCACGAUUUCAAUCGCAGCCUGGCAAUGGAUAUAGAUGAUUCGGCCGGAUUUGGGUUGUAUCCGCUGGAGGCCACCUCACAGUUGCCACAACUGAGUCGUGGGUUGGGGCGUGGGAAUGCGAUGAUGUGGGUGCCCAUCAAGGGUCAGUCGGCGGCAUCGCAGCAUCGUCAUCAUCCGUACAAUCGUGUGGCCGGAGCCAAGACCGCUUGUUGCAAUAAGUCGCUGGUGGAGCUGGAAAAGGAACUGGGCGAUAAGGGCACGUCCGGGGCAAGUGGCAGCGCCAGUGGCCAACCGGCGGCCAGUAAAUCCGCCUACUCCGUGGUGAAUAGGAACGGCUUCCAGGUGAGCAUGAAUGUGAAGCAGUUCGCCGCCAACGAACUAACCGUCAAGACCAUCGAUAACUGCAUCGUGGUCGAGGGUCAGCACGACGAGAAGGAGGAUGGCCACGGGGUGAUCUCGCGCCACUUCAUCCGCAAGUACAUCCUGCCCAAGGGCUAUGAUCCCAACGAGGUGCAUUCGACCAUCUCCUCGGACGGGAUUCUGACGGUGAAGGCGCCGCCACCACUUCCAGUCGUCAAAGGCAGCCUGGAACGACAGGAGCGCAUCGUGGACAUCCAGCAGAUAUCGCAGCAGCAGAAGGAUAAGGAUGCGCAGCCGCCAAAGCCGGCAGAGGUAGAACAGCAGGCGGCAGCUAGUGCCACCACUUCCACUUCAAAUCCGACUGCACCCACACCCACUCCUUCGCUCUCGCUCACUCUCGCCGAGAGCAACGGCAAUGGUCAGGAAGAGACAGAGAUGGAAGUGCCGGCUGUUUCGCCCUCCAUUUCCAAUGAGGCUGCUGCUGCUGUUGCAGUGGAAGCCCCUUCCACAGAAGGAACCACUUCCAGUGCCAACAAUGGCGUUGCAGAACCAGAACCAGAGUCCAUGGAAGUGGCGGUGGCCAAAAACCAAGAGACUGCCAAUGUGGAUGAACCCACACCCAAUCCCGUUAUAAGCAUCGAAAAUGAGCAAAAGGCAGAGGAUGCAAAUGCCAACGAAGUGCCCGUUGCCUCGAAUAACGGGAAUGGAACAGUCGCAGCACCCGAGGAUGUGGAAAUGCCGCUGGCCAAGAAACCGGAAAUCUCCGCGGAAGACAGCAAAGAGGAGCAGGCGGAGGUGGAUAAAGUAGAGAAAGUGGAGGAGAAGGGCGGCGAGGAACUGGCAGCCGUGGAUGCGGCCAUUCUACUGGCCAAAAACCAAGGCGAAAACGGAGCCGCUGCAGCCAAAACCGAGGAACUGGCCAAGUGAAGACUGAACUAAAAAAAAGAACAUAAAUAGUAAUUAAGAACAAAUAAUAAUCUGCACGGGUAGGCGUGCGUUUUAUUCCAUA